GCUGCAGAGAUGAAGAACCAAAGAGCAACCUGCUCAGGACUGAAUCUGGCCAAGGACCCAAAGAGGCAGCAAAAAAAAUCUAAGGGCGAGAAAAGCUCCAUUUCAGUAACUGAGCAGGAAAUAACCCAAGUGGAAUUAAACUUUCAAAAUGCUACUCAGGAUCUUCAGGGGAAGGAGAAGACCUGCUACUACAAAUUUUCACUGUUGCCUCCAGAGAAGCUCACAGCUGAGAUCCUGGCCGUCAUUUGCAUUGUCCUAGUGGGCUCUGUGUUAAAAAUGAGUCUUUCCUCAGUGUGUAAUUGUGGUCAUUGUCCAGAGGAGUGGUUCACAUAUUCCACCAAUUGUUAUUACAUUAGUAAGGAACCAAAAACUUGGGAUGAGAGUGUGACGGCCUGUGCUUCCCAGAACUCUAGUCUCUUUUACAUAGAUAAUGAAGAAGAAAUGAAACUUCUGGGCUCCCUUUCAAAGCAAGCAUGGAUUGGAGUCUUUCGUAACGGCAAAAAUCAUCCAUGGGUGUCUAUAAAUGGCUCAACUUUCAAACUGAAGUAA